AUGUCUGAGCCUAUUAGAAAUAAGAAAGCGGAUUUUCCGGUCGCCCCGACGCCUCAAAACACCCCAGCUAAUAAUGCCCCUAUUUCCUCCCAUGCCCAGCAGCCCGGAGUCUCCAGCAUUAAAGAAGAAUCCCUUGAUCAUGCCACAGCUGCUUCUUUAUUCGCGAGGAACCCUGGGCUUGUCUCCAUGAUUCAAGGAAAACUGGGAUCACUUGUCGGCCGCUCUUCCGGAUAUAUUGAGUCUCUGCCCGCACCUGUCCGUCGACGUGUCGCUGGUCUGAAAGGUAUCCAGAAGGAACACGCUAAGCUGGAAGCCCAAUUCCAAGAAGAGGUGUUGGAGCUCGAAAAAAAGUACUUUGCAAAAUUUACUCCUCUGUAUCAAAGGCGUGCCACAAUUGUCAAUGGGGCUGCAGAACCGACCGAUGGUGAAGUUGACGCGGGCAAGGGCGAGGAAGAAGAUGUAGAAGUUAAGAACGAAGAUGAGUCUAAGAAGUCCGAGGACAAGGUGUCAUCAACAGCCGGAAUACCAGAGUUCUGGCUUUCUGCUAUGAAAAAUCAAAUUUCCCUGGCAGAGAUGGUGACUGAACGAGACGAAGAGGCUCUCAGGCACCUCACCGAUAUCCGAAUGGAAUAUCUUGAUCGCCCAGGAUUUCGCCUGAUUUUCGAAUUCUCCGAGAAUUCGUUCUUCACAAACAAGACUAUCUCAAAAACGUACUAUUACAAGGAAGAGAACGGGUACGGUGGUGAUUUCAUCUAUGAUCAUGCUGAGGGCACCAAGAUCGAUUGGAAAGAUGACAAGGACCUUACUGUCCGUAUCGAAAGUAAAAAGCAGAGAAACAAGAACACAAAACAAACUCGCGUUGUCAAGAUAACCGUGCCCACGGAGUCUUUCUUUAAUUUCUUUUCUCCCCCACAACCCCCAACGGACGACGAUGAUACUGUCGCUACCGACAUUGAAGAGCGGCUUGAGCUUGACUACCAGCUUGGAGAGGAUAUCAAGGAAAAGCUCAUUCCUCGCGCAAUCGAUUGGUUUACUGGGGAAGCCCUUCAGUUCGAAGAUUGGGAUGAGGACGAGGAUGAAGAUGACGACGACGAGGACGACGACAGGAGGUCUGAUGGGGAUGUUGAUGACGAUUCUGAUGAAGAGGAUGGUACUUCGAAGCCCAAGAAGGAGGCCGCAGAAUGCAAACAAAGCUAA